AGCCUCCGCGGCGAUGAUGAUCCUCCGCCAGGCACACAAUAGGAGGGGGCCUUGUCGAGCAGAAAAAUCCUCAUUGGUAUCAUAAGUUUGACUCCCCUUCGAGGCCGUUUCUAUACCUGCCCAUCCGUCCAUGCCAAGUCGGAGCUCACUGCCGCUCUUGUUGGGAAUGAAAAGUCUAUUAGUCCGCUCAUGGGGACAAUUGAGAAAAAACCGGAAACUCGUCAAUUUCAGAUUGUCGCACGAAUGUAUCGUACCGCGAGUGAAAUUGGCUCAUGCUGUGAAUGAACCGAGGAAAAAAAAAGUAUCGCAACUGGAACUGGUACGCCGACUCGGCUCACGUGUCAAGUCCACACUUCUUUUCUGGUGCUUGCGGCGCUGCUCAUUCAUCAUUCCGUGUUCUUAUAAAAGCCAGUCGUAUCCGCUUGCUGUCAUUUGGAACUCGCCGCCGAGCUGUCGCGGUACAAGUCUUUGCCAAGGGACUUAGAAGACAGGUCUGAAGCCACCAGUAGCCGGUUGAGGGGCAAAGCCGUUGACCUUGGGGACGUCGGCAACACCACCCAAGAUGGAGAACUGGCCACCGGCACCAGCGAAGACGAGCUUCUUGCCGCGGACAGCAGUGUUGUCAAUGGUGGUCGGGGU